CCGCGCCUCAGCCUGCCCCAUCUUCCUCCACCACGAUGCCACCUGGCACCUAUACCCGCCACCAGGGGCUGCGCUCGAAUGCCCUGAUGGCGACCACGACGACGGCCUAUGCCCUCGGCAAGCUCAACCCCGACACCGCGUCACCUUCGUCCAUUUCCUCCGCCGUGACGACUCAGGGAUGGCAACCCCGUGGCCAGUUCCCCUUGCCGAUUACCACAUCGCCCCCUUUCACCCGCGGCAGAGACAAUGACGCCGAUGUCAGGAUCAAGAUCUAUGCUUGCGACCGCGUCCGUCAUGACCCGCAGUGCUCACCUGGGACAAUUCAGCCGGUGGUGGCAAGGAAAAAAGGACAAGGAGCAGAGCAUUUUUUUCUUUACAGCCUGGCUUCUUCUGCGAGGAAUUUGUGUUCACUUUAUGGCUGGUCGUUGGGGUGCUGGAUGAUGCGCAGGCAUAGGUGAACGAUGUCUUCUAUGAUCCAACAAUGUAUCAUACAAUUUGCAAGAUAGUUAGUGGAGAUCCUUUUCUGAAUCACUUAUUCAUGAGCAGCCUACAUAU